ACGCCUGUAUCUCAGUGGACCAUAACCUGUGGUUUCUCUCACCCCCCACCUUAAAUCUUAACCCAGAAUCCAAACUCACUCUCUCUCUCUCUCUCUCUCUGCAAAAAGAGCCUUUUGUGUUUGCUAUGUUGCUGUGAGAGAAAAAAUGGGUUGGGGUUGGUGGGUACAGAGGCAAUGCAGAUGGGCUUCUCCUUCGCAUUCUUUCCAUUGGAAACUGGUCUUGACGUUGCUGAUAUGGGGAGGGACCUGGGGCGCGGAAGCAGCGCUAGGAAGCGGCAACAGGGACCCCGGGUGUGAUGUGUUCCAGGGGAGCUGGGUGGCGGACCAAUCCUACCCUCUCUACAACUCCUCCGUCUGUCCCUUCAUCGAGCGCGAGUUCGCCUGCCUCAGGAACGGCCGCCCCGACCUCUCCUUCGCCAAGUACCGGUGGCAGCCCCUCGGCCGCGGCUGCUCCUUGUCCAGGUUUGAUGGCCGUGACUUUUUGGAGAGGAUGAGGGGGAAGGCGAUCAUGUUCGUGGGGGAUUCGCUUAGCCGGAAUCAGUGGCAGUCUUUGACGUGCAUGCUUCACUCGGCGGUGCCCGACGCCAAGUACAACGUUACGAGACAAGGCGACGUCUCCACUUUCGCCUUAACGGACUAUGGGGUUAAAGUGAUGCUUGAUCGCAAUGUGUUCCUAGUGGAUGUGGUGCGAGAACCAAUCGGACGGGUCCUGAAGCUCGACUCGAUCCAAGGAGGCAAACUAUGGAUGGGGAUUGAUCUGCUCAUCUUCAAUACCUGGCACUGGUGGAACCGCCGAGGGCCCACUCAACCGUGGGAUUAUAUACAAGAAGGUAAGCAGAUUUACAAAGACAUGGAUCGUAUGGUCGCUUUCGAGAAGGCACUAACGACUUGGGCUGGGUGGGUCGACACCAACAUCGACCCAGCCAAGUCUAAAGUUUUCUUCCAAGGAAUUUCUCCCUCUCAUUACGAUGGAACUCUAUGGGGUGAACCAAGCGCAAAGAGUUGCUUAGGCCAGAAGCAGCCGGUGCUUGGCUCGACUUAUCCAGGGGGCCUGCCACCAGCUGUGGCGGUCUUGAAGGGUGUACUGAGUAAGAUCAAGAAGCCUGUGGUGUUACUGGACAUAACAAAUUUGUCGCUGCUGCGUAAAGAUGGACAUCCUUCAAUAUAUGGCCUUGGUGGGAGAACGGCGACGGAUUGUAGCCAUUGGUGCUUAGCAGGCGUUCCAGAUACUUGGAACGAGAUUCUUUACAAUCUCAUUCUUUAACAAAGAGAGGCUCAUCUCGGGUCCCAUUCAUAAUGAGAAAUUUGAAUUAGGAGAUAAUAAAGCAAUAGAAUUUGUUGGAUUGGUUGCCUCUUCAUAUUGCAUUACCAAAUUGAUAUAUGGUAAUCUUGUUUCUUCUUGUUCA